GGUAACAGUAAAAGCGGCUGCUGCAAUCCUCGCUGCGCCUCUGUCUCCUCGGACUGCUCUCAAUUCCGAUCACUUGGAACUGAAAUAAGAAAACCAAGAAGACAAUAAGGAAAAAAAGAAGACACGGAAUCGUCUUCGCAUGCGCCCGUGAGCAUCGUAGAUUUUUUUUGUUUUGUUUUUUAAGUGUUUUAACUAAGAGGAAAGUUAACAUGUACAUGCACGGUUUGAUACGCGCUAGUCUGGGAUUUGUGAGCCUCUGCCUGGUCGCCUUUGUCCAGCAGUCAGCUUCAGGAAGUAAAACCACUCAAGAUGUGGACGAGUGCACAGAGAACAUUGACAACUGCAGCAUUGACGCCAUCUGCCAGAACACCCUCAAGUCCUACAAAUGUAUCUGCAAGUCUGGGUACAAAGGAGACGGGAAGCAUUGUGAAGAUGUGGACGAGUGCGCCACAGAGUAUAAUGGGGGCUGUGUUCACGAGUGCAUCAACAUCCCCGGGAACUACAGGUGCACGUGCUAUGACGGCUUCAGGCUGGCACACGACGGGCACAACUGUCUGGAUGUGGACGAGUGCUCGGAGGGGAACGGCGGCUGUCAGCAGAUCUGUGUGAACAUGAUGGGCAGUUAUGAGUGUCGCUGUAGAGAGGGCUUCCUCCUCAGUGACAACCAGCACACCUGCAUCCAGAGGCCCAAAGGUCAGUCCCUGCACAGCAAGUAUGGCUCAAAGGAGGGCCCCACGUGCAUGGACAAGAACCACGGCUGCGCGCACAUUUGCCGAGAGACGCAGAAGGGCGGCAUUUCCUGCGAGUGCCGACCUGGAUUCCAGCUCACCCGGAACAUGAAGGACUGCAAAUUGACGUGUAACUAUGGAAACGGCGGCUGUCAGCACAUCUGUGAGGAGACGGACCACGGGCCCAAGUGCUCGUGCCACAUGAAGUUUGUCCUGCACAGCGAUGGAAAGACUUGUGUAGGGGAGAGGAGUGUCCCGUCCCAGGCAGCCCCCCAGCUCUUCCCCAAUGAGACGUGUGCAGUGAACAAUGGUGGCUGUGACAGCACGUGUCAUGACUCUGUGACAGGAGUGCGCUGUAGCUGCCCCGUGGGCUUCACUCUGCAGCCCGACCGCAAGACCUGCAAAGAUAAUGACGAGUGCCGGAUGAACAACGGAGGGUGUGACCACGUGUGCCGGAACACAGUGGGCAGUUUUGAGUGCAGCUGUAAGAAAGGCUACAAGCUGCUGACCAAUGAAAGGACCUGUCAAGACAUUGACGAGUGUUCAUUCGACCGAGCCUGUGACCACUUCUGUGUAAACUCAGCGGGGAGUUUUCAGUGUCUCUGUAAUAAAGGAUACGUGCUCUACGGACUGGCUCACUGUGGAGAUAUCGACGAGUGCAGUAUAAAUAGAGGAGGUUGUAAAUAUGGCUGCAUAAACACACUGGGCAGCUAUGAAUGUACCUGUCCUCCUGGAUUCAAACUCCACUGGAACAGGAAGGACUGCAUCGAGCUGGUGAAAUGUCCUCCCGGGCUUGUAGCUCCGAAAGCGACUCUGACCUGCAGCAAAACAGGCAAAAAGGAGAGCUGCUCCCUCACAUGUGCCUCCAAAGCUCACUAUCUAGCAGAGUCCGAUAACAGUUACUCUGUGAGCUGUGGCAUCCCCAUCCUCAGAGGGAAGAGCUCUCCCUCCAGGCUCAACAGCAGCAGCCAGACAUGUAUAGAGACUCUGGCCCCUCCAGUGAAACAAACAGCUUCUUUCAAGAUUAAAAACGCCAAGUGCCACCUGCACCCCAAACUGACGGGUCGCACAGAGGACCGCGGGCGGACGCUGGGACCUGGAGGGGGGCAGCCCUGUAGUAACUGCCUGGUCACAUUUGUCAACCUCAAAUGUGACUCCACCAAAAAAUCUAAAGGCCGUCGGGCUCGAAACUCUCCCAACAAAGAAGUGACGCGCAUCACUCUGGAGUUGGAGGCAGAGGUCAAACCUGGAGACACCACCGGGAGUUGUAACCUGAGUUGCCUCAGACAGCGGAUGGAGAAGCAGGUGAAAACGUACAUCAAGGCUCUGAAGAAGUCCAUAAACCAGGAGCGCUUCCUGAUCCGAGUGGCUGGACUGGAAUAUGAGGUCGCACAGAAGCUCCCUCAGGCCGCUCCCAUCCAGGAGGUCUGUGGUCCAGGCUGGGAGAGGGACAGCGGGAGAUGUGUCAGAUGUUCUUCGGGCUCGUACUACCACGGAGAGCAGGAGCGCUGUGUGUCCUGUCCACCAGGAACCUUUCAGGAGAAGGAGGGGCAGCUGGCCUGUGACCUCUGCCCUGGAAGUGAUGGACACGGGCCAAUGGGAGCCAAGAACAUCUCCUCCUGUGCAGGCCAGUGCCCCACAGGCUUCUUCUCCAGUGAUGGUUUUAAGCCGUGUCAGCCAUGUCCACAGGGGACCUACCAGCCGGAUCUGGGCCGGACCCUGUGCUUCCCAUGUGGAGGAGGACUGAGCACCAAGAGGGAGGGUGCCAGCUCCUUCCAUGACUGCGAGGUCAAAGUCCAGUGCUCCCCGGGCCAUUACUACAACACGUCAGUGCACAGGUGUAUUCGCUGCCCUGUGGGAACAUAUCAAACUGAGUUCAGACAGAACUACUGCAUCACCUGCCCCGGAAACACCACCACUGACUUUGAUGGGGCCACCAGUGUCUCCCAGUGCAAGAACAGGCAAUGCGGCGGUGAGAUGGGCGAGUUCAUGGGUUACAUUGAGUCACCAAACUAUCCUGGGAAUUACCCUGCCAACGUGGAGUGCAUCUGGAAUAUUAACCCCCCGAGCAAACGCAAGAUCCUGAUCGUGGUGCCGGAGAUCUUCCUGCCCUCCGAGGAUGAAUGUGGAGAUGUGCUGGUGAUGAGGAAAAACUGGUCAGCAACUUCCAUCACCACCUAUGAGACGUGUCAGACGUACGAACGCCCCAUCGCAUUCACCGCUCGCUCCAGACGACUGUGGAUCAACUUCAAGUCCAAUGAAGCCAACAGCGCCCGCGGCUUCCAGAUCCCAUAUGUCACCUACGAUGAGGACUAUGAACAGCUCGUAGAGGACAUAGUACGAGAUGGAAGACUCUAUGCUUCAGAAAACCAUCAAGAAAUCCUUAAGGAUAAAAAACUUAUUAAGACUCUUUUUGACGUGCUGGCUCACCCAAACAACUAUUUUAAGUACACCACUCGGGAGUCCAACGAGAUGCUCCCACGCUCCUUCAUUCGUCUCAUCAGCAGCAAAGUCUCUGCGUUUCUGCGACCAUACAAGUAAAGACCCCUCUACCACGGAAAUCCUGCCACCCCGGCCUCUUCUGCCCCCCGACGACCAAGGCUACCCCCUCACCUCUCCCAGGACUUGUUACUUUCCACACCCAUAGACCCAUAGACAGACAGGAGUUUUACAAUAGACACUAUGCAGACCUGAGACUGAUGGUUGGUUUUGUAUUUGUAUUUUUCUCUCGGGGCAGGUCUGUCACCCCCAGCUUAAACAUUUGGUGGAUGUAGAGGAUGUCUGGGUUGAGUUGGUGUUGUCUUGUGCAAAGAAACCACAAAAAUGCAAAGUGGUUGUUGUUCAGUAGGAGUGACUGUGUGUGUGGUUUGAGGUUGAUAUUGUGUUUGCUUAAAUGAGUCUCCAGCUCCUAGCCUUAAAGGUGCACUGUGUAACUUUUCCGAUAGAGCAGUCUGUUUGUCUCCAUGGAGAUGUUAUAUGCAUUAAACGUAUCUAGCCCUAUGGAUAUAAGUAAGUUAGAGUUGGGAUCUGUGGAGAGCUGACGCAGCUCACAGUAACUAUGUUUUUACAAAUAUUUUUUGAGCAAUAAAACACAUGUAGUUGAAAAAUGCAUGCCAGAUACGUUUAGCACCAUACUGUGGAACAUUCCAUGCAAAGCAAUACCAUCUCCAUGGAGACAAGCACUGUGGACCCACCACCAGAAAAAGUUCCAUAGUGCACCUUUAAAUAUGACUGUUGCGUGUCGUUUACGUGUUGUAACCCUGAAGACAUCAGUGUCUAAAUGUGCUUUUCUCUUUGGGAGCUGUUAAGUCCAUGUAGCAGAUAUGCUCCAGGUAAAGCCUUACGAAACCAGAGCUCUUAGAGCAGUGUCCAACAGUAAUACUGUCAAACAGUGGAUCCAUAUCCCUAUGUCCAGAGCAUUACAAUACUGUGCAAAAGUGUCAGCAGGGUUAAGGCUAUUAACAAGAGUUUCAGUGGUCUAAAAUAGGAUGCAGAAAAUUCUAAACUAAUCUAAUUUCUAAACUCAGACUCCAAAGAGGCACCGUAGUCUUUCCUGCAAUAAUCAAUAUGUGCCCAGACCUAAAUGAAACUCCCAAGAUCUUUGAAUUUAGGAGUAAAUAUGGUUUCUGUUCUUUCUAUCACAUUGCAUUUUAGACAUCACAACAUUCUAUUGUCCCAUAAUAUUUCAAGGCAAGUCAUAAUGUUAUUGUUCAUAUGCAAACUUUUGUUUGGUUGGUUCAUCAUUUGUGUUUGUUAUGUAUAGGUAAGCCAUGGGUUUCAGAAUGUUGAAGUUAGGAUCAUUGCCAUAUCAACAAUUCAAAACAAAUGAUAUAUAUCUUUUUAUAAAGGCCACAAGUCCUCAAAAUGGCUCCUAUAAACAGGACAUUGAAAUCCAUGAAUAUGUAAAACCUUUUAACAUAACUUUUGCAAAGUAUUGUAUGUAAUUUGGCUGGCCUUGUCAGCAAAAGGCAGAUAUGAGACUAUUUUAUCAUUACAGAUUCAACUUAAGGACAAUGGGAGAGCGUAGUAUUUUUGAGAGCCACACAAACAAUGUAAUGUGAUGUCUAGAUGGAAAUGUCUGCGAGGGACAUUAUGUUUGCUGCUUCUUAUAACGGUCACUUUAUGCUCCAGUCCCAUAUCGUCUCAUGUGCGUAAACAAUAAGUCACAUUUCUCAUCUGUGUACUAACCGUUUGUGUGUUUUCAAUUGUGUAAAUAAGAAAAAUAGAUGAGGGUAAUUUCCUUUUGUCCCAUCAUGCCCCUUUUAAAUCUCCUUUCCCCCCUUCCUUGCCCAAAGAGUGCGCCCUCUGUUGACCACACUCACAAAAUGUUCUGUCCCAAUGAAACCAGCUCUUCCAAAGACUGCCCCCAUGUGGUAUCUUAUGUUUAGUGCACUAGAUUUAGAAGCUGUCACUAUACACUACCUUUUCUAAUGCAAGUGCAAUGAUAAAACUCCCCGGCCAUAGUGAUUCAACAGCGUGUUAAAAUAUGUGGCUAGUUUGGUCAUUUCAAAAGCCGAAAAGUGUAUCUGACAGUUCUAUCAAUUUGUUGUAUCAGUUUGGUUUCUGCUUGGUUUCAAAUGACAUAAACACCUUUAAUAUUGUAGAUUUAAUUGAGAUGGAAGGCUUUGGAAUAUCUGUAACAAGGUGAGUGAGUAGUCAAAAACUGUAUUCAAGUAACAGUACAGUUACUUAAAAUAAUAUUACUCAAUUUGAAGUAUACACAAGAGUCUAGAAGAGAGGAUUAAAAUUCUACUUAGAUGUUUCUGUUUUACUUUAAAGCAUAAAAAAAUCUUGCCUUUUAGGAUUUUGUCAGUGGAAUUUGAUAAACCAAUGUUUAAUUAAUGCACAGAUUCUAAUAUUUUCAAAGUAUAAAUCACAAAUUAGGGGAAAAAACAUAUAGUAAGAUGCAAGUGUUUAACCUUUACUUGAAAAAUAUAUGUUUAAACUUAAUACUACACAACUCUGGUUAAGAAAAUUAAUGAGCCUGAACGUUUAGAAUAUUAAUGACUGACAGUAAAGCAGUCAAAAAUAAUAUCUCGCUUUGAAGCCUAUAGAAAGUUCUAAUGUAAUGUAAUGUUGUAAUGUCAUCUGAAAUCCUGCAGCUGACCACCAGAUGUGUCAUGUGGCUGCUCUUCCCCACAAAUAUUAACCCUCAAAAAUUAAAAAUCAAAAAUGUAUGUUUUUUGUAAUAUAAUUUUUGUGAUUUUAAAAUGGGACCAAAACAGGGUAAAAGUUAAGUAUUUAAAGUCUUUGUUCCAUUUCAUUGAAGGCAUCAUGAGAAAAUCAGAUUCCCAUUUAGUUGUAUUGUUCUUGUUCGUCCUAAAAUGUGUAAAUAAAUUCUGUGGGGUGUUAAACUGUAUGUCAACACAGAUCUUAAAAGAAAGGGAGUUUUAUAUAAAAACUUUGUGGGAGAUUGAGCCAAGUAAUGAAGAUUUAGAAAGCUCUACAUUUAUGUCAGAUGCCCUCCCUGGCCCCCUCCUGCAACCUGACGUUAUGUUGCCUUUUUCAGAGAGUUUGCUAUGAUGUAUCAGAGUUGAUGAUGAUAUUUGCACUUGAAUUGUUAUUGCUCAUGUAAAAAUUCUGGAUUUUGUAUUUGUCUUUUUAAAAAAUGAAUGGAAUUGGUGUUUUUAUUUUCUUGUAGCUUGUUUGUUCAUAAAAUGCUCACUCACCAUGUAGUCUA